CGUGUUGUUGUGUUCCUGUAAUGGCGGAACACACAGAGGGAGAAAGCGUUGGCUUCAGCGCUAACAGCAGGAUGGCGCAGCAGUCAGCCCCCCGGUUCCCCACCGCUGCUCCCCCGGGCGCUGGGGCUUUACCGCGGAGACAGCCGUUACUGAGCACUCCCGCCACUCCGCCGUUCCCCGUGAUCAGAGGCCCUGCUCCAGCAGCGCGAGCCCCGUUCGCACGGAUGCCCUUUGACCCCAGCGUCCCGCCGCCGGUUGGCGCCGCCCAUUUACAGAGACCACCAUUCAUUCCACCACCAGUUAGUGCCAUGCCUCCUCCACCUGGAAUCAUCUUCCCUCCCGGUAUUCCACCUACAGCUCCACCUGCUGCUCCCUCCCUUCCCUCUACAGAAGAGAUCUGGGUGGAAAACAAGAGUCCAGAGGGAAAGGUGUAUUACUAUAACGCACGCACAAGAGAGUCAGCCUGGGCAAAACCAGAGGGCGUGAAGGUGAUCCAGCAGGCCGAGCUCACACCCCUGAUGAUGAGCCAGGCUGCAGGAGUAGCGUCCAGCAGCCCCGGCCCGUCAACUAACCUCUCGGUGGCAGCUGCGGCUGCCUCCAGUACCACACACACUACCCAGGUCUCAUCCACAGUCAUGAGCUCCACAUCAAACCCCAGUCCGAAUGUAGUCUCGCCUCUCCUACCCACUCCCGGCACAGUUCCCGAAGGCACAGAGUUGUGUUCUGCUGUUACCGCACCCCACACUGUCUCUGUGACUCCUGUUGUCGCAGUAAAUGCCCCCGCAGGAGCAGUCACUGUCACAACAGGGCCACAGCCACUUUCUGUGGCAUUACCCCACACUGUGGCAACGCCCGCUGCUGCCAUCCCUGCUUUCCCCCAAGUCAUGGUGCCACCCUUCCGAGUGCCUCUGCCAGGAUUGCCCAUUCCACUGCCAGGUAUGCUUCCUGGCAUGGCACCUCCCCUUUUACCCAUGAUGCCUCCUCAGAUGACAGUAGCAGCAAGCUCGUCCCCACUGUCAGGAGGAGAUUGGUCAGAGUUUAAAACUGCAGAAGGGAAGUCGUAUUAUUACAACAAGCGCACACUGGAGACCACCUGGGACAAGCCUGAGGAGCUCAGAGACAAAGAAAAGGAGCUUGAGAAAGCCAAAGACUCUGCAGAUGAUGCUGAUGAUCUCGAACUCAUGCAGGUGGAAGAUGACAGUCCUAAGAUUGAGCCUAUAGUGCCGAAGGAGGAGCCCAAGGAGGUAGAAAUGACUGAAGAAGAGAAGGUUGCUAAGAAAUCCAAACCUGUAGCCACCAACCCCAUUCCAGGCACACCAUGGUGCGUGGUUUGGACUGGUGACGAUCGAGUGUUCUUUUACAACCCCACCACACGUAUGUCCAUGUGGGAGCGGCCGGAGGAGCUGGUGGGACGCGCCGACGUUGAUAAGAGCAUACAGGAGCCACCACACAAGAGAGGCUUUGACAACGGCCCAAAGUCAGUAAUCGUUAAGCAGGAACAAGAGCUUGCAGCUUCAGAGGACACAUCAGAGGAUGAGCCCAGCAGUGCCAAGAAGAGAAAACUGGAAGAGAAGAAGGAGACAGAUUUGGAAAAGGAAGCGGCGGUGGAGGCUGAGCUAAGAGCAGCGAGGGAGCGAGCCGUUGUUCCACAAGAGACCAGGAUGAACCAGUUCAAAGAUAUGCUGCUGGAAAGAGGGGUUUCAGCAUUUUCUACAUGGGAGAAAGAGCUACAUAAGAUCGUCUUUGACCCCCGUUAUCUGCUUUUGAACCCCAAGGAACGGAAGCUGGUGUUCGAUCAGUAUGUAAAGACUCGUGCUGAAGAGGAGAGGAAAGAGAAGAAGAACAAAAUAAUGCAAGCAAAAGAGGAAUUCAGGAGGAUGAUGGAAGAAGCCAGACUCGGAGUGAGAACUACAUUUAGUGAAUUUGCAACCAAACAUGCGAGGGACUCGCGUUUUAAAGCUAUCGAGAAGAUGAAGGACAGAGAAACCAUUUUUACCGAGUUCAUGACCUCUCUGAGAAAGAAAGAGAAAGAGAACUCGAAGAACCGAGGUGAAAAGGUAAGGCAGGACUUCUUCGAGUUGCUAUCUGAUCACCAUGUGGAUGGCCAGCAGCGCUGGAGCAAAGUGAAGGAGAAGAUGGAGACGGAUCCUCGGUAUAAAGCGGUGGAGACGUCAGCUGCACGAGAGGAACUCUUCAAAAGCUUUGUGGAGAAGCUCGCCAAGAACUCGAACACUGAGAAGGAAAAGGAGCUGGAGAAGCAGGCACGGAUCGAAGCCAGCCUGCGGGAGAGAGAGCGGAUGGUACAGCGGUUUCGCUCUGAGCAAACAAAAGAGAUUGACCGUGAACGAGAGCAGCACAAAAGAGAGGAAGCUGUGCAACACUUCAAAGCUCUCAUGUCCGAUAUGGUCAGAUCAUCAGACGCCUCGUGGUCUGAGACGCGACGUUCCCUGAGGAAAGACCACCGCUGGGAGACAUCAUCAUUGCUGGAGCGAGAGGAGAAGGAAAGGCUUUUCAAUGAGCACAUCGAAGCACUAACUAAAAAGAAGAAGGAGCUCUUCCGACAACUUUUAGACGAGACGACCAUGAUCACGCUGACAUCGACAUGGAAGGAGGUCAAAAAGAGCAUUAAAGAGGACCCAAGGUGUAUAAAGUUUUCGAGUAGUGAUCGGAAGAAACAGAGAGAAUUUGAAGACUAUAUCAAAGACAAGCACAUUUCAGCAAAAGCAGACUUCAGAACUCUGCUAAAAGAGACCAAGUUUAUCACAUACAAAUCUCGCAAGUUGAUACAGGAGUCUGAGCAGCACCUGACAGACAUUACAAAGAUCCUACAGAACGAUAAACGCUAUCUGGUACUGGACUGCAUGCCAGACGAGAGACAGAAACUCAUCAUGGCGUAUGUGGAGGAGCUGGAGCGCAGGGGUCCCCCUCCCCCUCCCACAGCAUUCGAGCCUGCUCGACGUUCUAACAAGUGAACAUCUAACUUAAAUACACAAACACAUGCUCCAGACCUCCAACUUUUUUCACUCCUCAUCCGCAGCGUGCCAUUCGUUGCAUUAAUCCUUAGGACCAGAAAUAAGCACUGUUUUAGAAUGCAGGCUUUUUUGGUACCCUUAUCGUUUGUUUUAUUUUUGCCUUUCUUCAGCAUAUCUAAAUGGACUAAAGCUGGGUGACCAGUGGAAGCAGGUGUGCUGAUAAAAUUCUGUGAAAAUUCACUUCUAGUCUGAAUGACGGCUGCAAACAUCUGUCUAAAACGGUUAAAGCGGCAAUUUGAGCAAGGAAUCCGUUACAAAUCCACACGAACUCACCUGAUCCUUUUAGCGCAUUGGACAUCUGCAUUAGUUCUGCAUGGCUAGCUGUGUUUUUGUGCUGUCGUGCCAGGGGAAAUGCCCAGGAGCGGGAUUGGCAGAGCGGCAAAGACCACCUGUACCCCCCCACUUUUUUUCCCCCAGAACAUGUGGAUGGAUCAUGCUCCAUAAAAUCUGCCAUGCUCCCAGUCGUUUUGACUUUUGUACAAACGGUUUGAUUUUCAAAACCAGGACGCACAGUAUGUGUCUCGUUUUUUGGGACUGCAGUCAUCCACUGUGGCUUUCAUCUACUGAAGCGCCUCUGUUUCUGUGUCAUUUUAACUGACUUGUGUAAACUGUAAGAUAUUUUUUAAACAAUGGAUGGUCUAUUCCUUCAUUAGCCCAGUGUAAUGUUAGUCUGUGCCAGCAGUGGCCAUGCCAUUCUGCUGCUAGUGGGGUUUAAUUUAAUUGUUCAAAUGUUUUUGAAAUGAUUUUUGUAGCUUCAGUGUUUCUGUACAAGUUGACUGGAAUAAAGGCGACCUACUUUUUUAAGA